UUAAAGUAGUUGAUUCAAUUGUGAAUCAAUGGCAAGAUUGUUGCGCACUAGUACUAAUUAUUAUAGGCCUAUUCGAUUUCUUCAUUCUUCUUCUUCUUCUUCUUCCUGCUUUGUCAAAUGUGUGAGCACGCACCAAAGCAGCAAGGCCACUUCAUUGAACAGCAACAAUGGAGAUAAUACGGGACAAAGAAAACCAGUGGUGGCUGUGAAGGCGGCAUCCGUGGCUGCCAAAAUCAAUAAGCCAUGGAAUAAUAUUUUACACCCCGAGAUGCUCAUUGAAAGGGCAAUAAUUGAUUGCAGAUUUUUUACACUGCUUGCGGUAGCAGGAUCUUUACUUGGCUCGCUACUCUGUUUUGUUGAGGGGUGUGUUCUUGUUGUGGAGUGUUACGGCCAUUAUUUCCAUACUUUGGGUCAAAGGCUAGAUCAGCAUCACCUCGUUCAACUACUUAUUGAAGCCAUAGACAUGUUCCUUGUAGGAACUGCCUUGCUGGUUUUUGGGGCGGGUUUAUACACAAUGUUCGUGGGGUCAAGGACUACUAAUAAUAAUAAGAAGAAAGAAAAAGAUGCAACAUCCAUGCAUAGUGAAUCAAACAUACUUGAUCUCUUCUAUACAAAGACAGGUGGUGGUCCUGGGUGGGUAGGGAUGCAAUCAAUUGAGGAAGCAAAGUCGAAAAUAGGGCAUGCGGUGAUGAUGAUUGUUCAAGUGGGAAUAUUAGAAAAGUUGAAGGAUAUUCCCUUAGUCACUGCCAUUGAUCUCGCUUCUUUUGCUGCCGUUCUGUUAACUUCCUCUGCCUCCAUUUUUGUCCUCUCUAAGCUUUAUUCCUAGACGUUAUAUUCUUGACUGGAAUAAUAAUUAAUAUUCCAACCUUAUACGUUCAUAUUUCAUUCUAUUUCUUUUGUAAUAAUCCAAAUGAGCAAAAGCUUCG